GUCACAUUAUAGUUGUGCAAUAUAGAAGUUGAUAAACUCGCUGCUUUUUUUUUAAUUGUUUAACUUACAACGACGCCCGGCGGUGCGACCGAGAUAGCAGAUAACGUGUGGCAGCUCCAGCGUGCGAUUAUUUAAACCAUAUAUAUAAUAUCAUAGUUCGAUUUAGCCACAGUGCCCUCGAUAUAACCCUCGAUUUUCAGCGAAAAUGUUGCGCACUCUGUCACGCGUUAGCGAAUUGCCAAUUAUUGUUAAGCAACUGCAAAAAAAUGCAGCACAGGCUGGCGUUUCGAAAACCAACAAUUAUGCCACGGAAGCCACCGUUAAAGUGAAUCGGCCCUUCAAGCUGCAUCGUUUGGACGAGGGACCUGCCGAGGAAGUGAAACUGACCAAGGAUGAGGCCCUUAGGUACUACACACAAAUGCAAACGAUCCGAAGACUGGAAACGGCUGCCGGCAAUCUGUACAAGGAGAAGAUCAUCCGUGGCUUCUGUCAUCUCUACUCUGGCCAGGAGGCCUGUGCUGUUGGCAUGAAAGCGGCUAUGCGGGAUGUGGAUAACAUUAUUUCGGCAUACCGUGUCCAUGGCUGGACCUACCUGAUGGGUGUCUCACCCAACGGUGUGCUGGCCGAGCUGACCGGCGUCCAGGGUGGGUGUGCCCGCGGCAAGGGCGGCUCCAUGCACAUGUACUCACCGAAUUUCUAUGGCGGCAACGGUAUCGUUGGAGCCCAAGUGCCCCUUGGAACUGGUGUGGGUCUGGCCUGCAAAUACAAGGGCAACGGUGGCAUGUGCCUGGCCCUGUACGGUGAUGGUGCGGCCAAUCAGGGUCAAGUGUUUGAGGCCUACAACAUGGCAUACCUGUGGAAGCUCCCGGUGAUCUUUGUCUGCGAGAAUAACAAUUACGCCAUGGGCACCAGCACGGAGCGUGCGUCCUGCAACACGGACUAUUAUACGCGCGGUGAUGCCUUGCCCGGUAUCUGGGUCGAUGGCAUGGAUGUGCUGGCCGUGCGCAGUGCCACCGAGUUUGCCAUUAACUAUGUGAACACCGUGGGACCUUUGGUGAUGGAGACUAACACAUACCGCUACUCUGGUCACUCGAUGUCCGAUCCCGGCACCUCGUACCGCACCCGUGAGGAGAUCCAGGAGGUGCGCCAGAAGCGUGAUCCCAUUACCUCCUUCAAGGAGCUGUGCAUUGAGCUGGGUCUGCUGUCCGCCGAUGAGGUCAAGGCCAUUGAUCUGAAGGUGCGCAAGGAGAUCGACGAGGCCACUGCCUUUGCCAAGACCGAUGCCGAGCUGGGCGUAAGCCAUCUCUGGACGGACGUCUACUCCAACUGCCUGGAGAGCAAGCUGCGUGGCACCAUCUCCUACAAUCUGGAUCACAUCCAGGAGCGCAAGGGUGUCAAUCACUAAACGAAUUCGAUUCGGGAACUCACACAAAACCCACAACAUUAAACACCAAGAAACCCUAAACAAAAAGGCACCUCUACGCAAAGACAGACCACAGACAGACUUGAGACACACAACAAAGACAAGAACAACAGACCACAGACACCUAGACACAAGCGAAAUCUCUAGCUAUUAAGCCGAAUGUUUAAAAGAAAAAGUAUGGAUAUGGAUGGAUAAUGAGGAGUAUCCCCCACACGUAGUCAACCCAAGAAGCUUAGCUAAACGGAGGAGCACUGUCCAACCACAUUGUAGCGUAGCCACAACCACAUUAACUCAC